AUGUGCAGACCGAUCCUGAAGAUUAUUCUGGUUGGUAUUGCGGUCGCCACCAUGAUCAUUGCAGUCGUUGCCCUUCUUCUCACUUUGGAGGGUCGUUUGAGUUUGCCGAGACGCUGCAGGUGCAAGAGAUGCGAAGUGAUGUGUCGAAUACCAGACAGGACUGACGCCAGGGGUGUGUUGAACAACCCAGCAGGCUUCGACAAUUGGAAAUUGUUCUGUUCGCUCGAAACUUUGCAUGGUCUCGCAUGGACCAUCGGCGCCCCGGAGGAUCUUUCUUCGCAGCAUGCGAGGCAGAAAGUGCAAACGGAGGAGUUGCAUCCUGGCAAGCAGUUCUGGACGGUAUUGUGCAUUACGUGGUAUGUUCGACUGGCAUCUCAGCUGAAGCGGCGGGGCACCCUGCAAGACCUGCAGGCGGAGGCGCAGAGGCUCCAAACAGAGCAGCGGCGGCAGGCCGCAGCUCUGAAAGGCUCACUCAAGGCGCCCGACCCCUCUGCCAACAUGCGGCUGGAGAAGCAGGUGGAAGGCGUCGUGUCGAUUGUGAAGGGGCAGGAGGAGCGUUUCGAGCGGCUCGAGACUGACAUCACCUCUGCCUAUGAGUCUCAAAGGCAUCCCCGAUGCCCCGAUAUUCCACACGAGUUCUCCUUGUCACUGGUUACUAUCUUCACUACUGGAACCGAUUGUGCCGUCGUGCUUGUGCCAAUCACAACCAUUUUGGAAGACUAA